AUGUCUUCUUUGCUCAGUCUCGUUGCGAGGUUUUCUCGCCCUGCCGUACGUACUCUCCGACCAAGACUCUUUUCCCUAACUUCGCAACAAAGAAACAAAAAAGCUGAGCCUACGAAUGAACUCCCCCCUUCGGCAUCUAAGUUCAGAAAAAUAGAUAUGGGUGCACUCAGGGUGAGCUUCAAGUCAGCUUCAGGCGAGGACGAUGUAAUACCCAAUGUUAAAGAUAUGGGUGCACUCAGGGUGAGCUUCAAGUCAGCUUCAGGCGAGGACGAUGUAAUACCCAAUGUGAAAGUCACAAACUUCCCGGACCAAUAUGUUCUUCCUCACAUCAGUGGUGAAAUACUUGGAAAUCCAAAAUUCGACGUUUCUAAAUUUAAUUGCAUCUCGGAUCCUCAAGUUCAAACGUUCGUUACCAAAUUGCAUAACGUCGUAUUCAAUGGUUUUCAGGUGACAGGCACGGACGAGACUUUUACUGACACACUUGUGGAUGAUCUACUCCGUAUCGUUAAACUGAAUGACUUUCCCUUGAUGAUCAGUGUAUAUAUCGAGGAUAAGCCUCUCGUAUCAGCCGUCCCCGAAUUCGUAGUUAGGGAUCAAGACUGUGCUCUUAUCGGAGUAGAAGAUAAGCAUCUGAAAAAUGUCAGGCCAGUUACCGGAUUUGGGGAAUCACAAAUUGCUUUAGAAGUUCUCGCCUGCGGGAAUGAAAAUACCAUAUUCGCCGUUCGUGUCAUUUCCACGUAUGUCACCUUUUAUAGAGCUGAGAUUCCUGCAGUGUAUUGGUUAGAGCUUGAAGAAGGUCUACCGACAAAACAAUCAGUUGAGAUCCGAAGAUGGCCGCCUCAGAAUGGUUUGAAGACUGGUUUCGAUUUAGCUGAACCCGAUGGAAGACAGACAGUGCUGACAUCAUUAAUUAAACUCCGUCAAUUUCUCUUGGGAAACCAUGAAAAAUAA